GGGGGGUGCACCCCAAUGGGAGCGUUUGUCACUGGGCGUUGAUAAUGGAACAUUCAGCUAGGAAGCGUAUCACCUAGCGGGGCUGUGUCGGUGUCUGUGAUUUGCCGGCCUGUACCUGUUCGCUUAUCGUCGCUGAUAUCGGAAUCGUUGGUUCGAUUAGGGCAGAGAUAGUGGGGUGAAGAGGAGAGGUUAAUACCCGUACACUAAAACACAUCGGAAUACAGCUGGUCUGGCCCGUGGGCACGCAUAAACACUGGACCCAGUACCAGAGGGAACCUCCUGAAAUGGUGUUUUUUUUAAGAUUUAAAUCUUCUUUUUAAUAAGCGUGCCUAACGCAUCGUAACGCACCGUAACGCAUCUUGAUUUUGACAGUCAAUCACACAGUUUUGACAGAAGGGUUUGUUUUGAUUUCGCUAUUUUCCGUUUGAUGAGAGUCUUUUUGAGGCAAAUUCACUUGCCCCAAGCUCCCCCUCUCCUACCCUUCUGAGUGGGAGUCCUUCUGUAGUCAUUGCCGAAUUUUUACAGGAUUUUUGCCUCCGCACUCCACCGCAAGAUACGGUUUCACAUGUACACACACACACAUGCACACACGAUCGCGCGCGCUCUCGCCACAGUGUCAAUGAACUCCCGCUCAGCAUGUCGCGCCGGUGGGUUGUUCGCGCAAACACGCGGUACGCCUUCGCUCGCCUUACCCAAAAAUUUGCUCCCAACUUUUUACACUAACCACCACCACCGCCGUUCCUCCUGUCUCGCAUCGAGUCACGCACUGUCUCCGUUUCUCUGUUUUCUCUUCCUCUCUCUCUCUCGCUCUCGCCUUCUCUUUACUGUUGUUCCUUCGUUGUUGGGUUUGGGUGAUCCUCGGCGGCCUGGAUCCUAGCAGCCUGCCAGCUCUGAUGUUCAUCGGUCCUGCUAAGAGUGCUAAGUGAAACGCAUCGCGCUACAUUCUGAACAUCCACGCGGGGGCAUUCGUGUGCAGUGGCCCUCAGAGAGAGAAAGAGGAAGAAAGAAACAGGGUAAAAGUGCACCGAAACGAACCCCGGCCGAAGUAAAAGCCGGAAGGGCGCGCUCCGUGUGCGACCAGUGCCUAGCGAACGUGAAAACAAUUGUGUCAACACCCGGCGGCUUCAAAUUGAGAUGCAAAUGAGCUUUGCUGGGGCUUUAACCGGCUCGCGAUUGCGGAACUGAUUUACCGAAUUGCAUAAUUUCCACAGAAAACGUACAACCCUUCUCAGUGAGUGUGUGAUGUGAAUAAAUAUUAUAAAUCAAUUAUAAAUCAACAAAAUAAAAACAGAAGAAAAGAACAUCGUGUCAGUGUCCGGCGGAUUGAUUUAAUUAUAUAGAGUGAUUCAUAAGACCCUGUGCAUCAUAAGAGCACCAAUACCAAGAGUUGCUCGUAGCGGUCAACAGUUUCGUGCAUCGCAGCUCCUCCUUUCAUUCAGAAUUCGCCGACCGGGAAGUAACAAACCCGCUGCAAGGAUGACUGUCGAAUGUAUUGAGGAUUUGUAUCCCACCUAAGCUCACCCCCUGUCCAGCUGGUGCGUACUACCAGCACAGGGUAAACCCACUAACUGUGCGCAAAGUGUGGAGCGACUGUGACCGUGUGAAGACGAAUACGAUUACAAAGUGAAGAGAAAAAUAAAACAAAACCAAAUUAGUGCGAAACGAUUUGCUGUGGGCAAAAAAAGGGCCUACAGCCCUUGACCGAACCUUUCGGUUUGCGGCACGUGCGGUUGUACCGCUCCGAAAUUGUAGUGCGUAAAGCAACGCCAACAGAAAACCUAACCUACCUCACCAGUGUUGCACACAUCAUCAACCUCCCGCCCACUCCCGAACAGACGCUAUUUGCUGGCAAAUGGAUGACGGAGAAUUUUUGGACCUGUUCAGUCAAUCCUGGAAUGGCAAAUACCACGCGGCGGCCAACCGUGCAGGCGACGAACCGGCCGGCAUCGGAGCGGCGGCGGGUGGCGGGACAGGUGCCGCCGCCGGCUACACCAACUCGGCGGCGGUGGCAGCGGCCGCCACCGCUGCCGCUACAGCCGCCGCCAUGGCCGUCGCGCCCAAGCUCACCACGCGGCUUAUGCAGCCCCAGCCCGGCUCGACGGCGGGCGGAUCGCAGGGGCUGUACGCGAGCACCAAACACUUACUUGCGCACCUGCCCCCGAACCACAAGCAGCAGCCGAGCGCUGCGAGCGCCACGAGCGCGGCGGCAUCGACGGCCAGUGCUAGCCGUCACGCGGCACCGUCACCCUUCAGUGUACCCCCGGCCGGUGCCCAAACGACUGAUUUACGUGAUACAAACCUAGGGCCUUUAAGAAAUACCACUAGCAGUAGUACCAGCAGCAACACAACCAACACCAGCACCAGUGCGGCAAACAACAGCAGCAGCGGUGGCAGCAGUGGCAACAGUAGCAAUACCAGCAACAGUCACGCCAACGGUGCGCAGCAUCUGUUGGGCGGCGGCAGUAGCUUUGCGCGUGAGACGCGCGAAUUUCCCAAGCUGAGCCAUCGGUUGCUGCAGCCGCUAAACCACACGCUCGACCAGGGCCCGGCCCAGGGUGGGUCCGGUGGUUCCGGCCACGCGGCGAUGGUACGCCAGGAGGAACAGGACUACAACGCAUUCUGCUCAACGCUGUCGGCGGUCGCGUCGAUGGCGGCAGCCUCGCUGGCGAUGGAGGAUGAAGACCUGGCGGACAGUACGACGCCACCGCCGCAACCGUUCACCUCGGGGGGUUUGCUAGCGGCCGGGCUGGCAGGCAAUGGUACCGGCGGUGGCAGCGCCGGUGACGCGAACGGUGGCAGUGUGGAAGGUGAUCUCGGCCCGAACGGGGAACUGUUGGGGUUGAACGGUCAUCAGCAUGAGAAAAAGACUCCCAAUUCAAUUAGAGCUCAAAUCGAGAUCAUACCGUGCAAGGUGUGCGGCGACAAGUCGUCCGGGGUGCAUUACGGUGUGAUCACCUGCGAGGGCUGCAAGGGCUUCUUCCGAAGGUCGCAGAGCUCCGUCGUCAACUAUCAGUGCCCGCGUAACAAGCAGUGCGUGGUGGAUCGGGUCAACCGAAAUCGAUGCCAGUACUGUCGACUGCAAAAGUGCCUAAAGCUGGGAAUGAGUCGUGACGCUGUCAAAUUCGGACGCAUGUCCAAGAAGCAACGGGAGAAGGUCGAGGACGAGGUACGGUUUCACCGGGCUCAGAUGCGCGCACAAAAUGACGCCGCCCCGGACAGCUCCGUGUUCGACACGCAGACACCUUCCAGCAGCGAUCAGUUGCAUCACGGUUACAAUGGAAACUCUUCCCACAGCUACACAUAUUCGAACGAGGUCGGCUACAGCAGCCCGUACGGCUACUCGACCUCGGUGACGCCGCAGCAAACGAUGGGCUACGACAUCUCGGCCGACUACGUGGAUAGUACAACAACUUAUGAACCAAGAAGUACGAUGAUAGACUCAGAUUUCAUAAGUGGACACAACAAGGAUGGCUCGCCGGAACAGAACCGAGCGAUCACGCUCAACGAUAUCCGGUUGGCGCGCGUACAGCAAACGACCGCCACCACGACGACCGGUGUCGGGCAGGGCGGUAGUGAUGUGAUCGCCGACGGUGUCAAUGAUGGUGGUGGUGGUGGUCCCCGAGGUUUAACACCCCAGCAGCAGCAGCAGCAGCAGCAAGCGCAUCAACCGGCACAAACGGCCACGCAUACGCUCCCACCACAGCAACAGCCACAGCCGGCUCUGGCACUGGCAAAUCAUCAAACCACCGGCAACGGCAACACCACUACCAGCAAUAGUACAAUUAUCACCAUCAAGCAGGAGCAGCUUACCAACGUCGAUAGCCUUGUUGGUAGCUUUGUCGAUUCAACAACCUUCUUGCCAUCGCCACCGGCCAGCCAACAGCAGCAGCAACAUCCACACCAUCAGCACCAACAGCUGGGCAGUGCGGCACAGAUGGUGACGUCCAAUGGGGUCGGCGGUCUGGCCGGUGUACCGACGGCGACGGCCGUGGUGGCAGUGGCCGCAACCACCGUCCCAACGCCCGUCACUGGAUCAGAUGUCACUGGUAGUAGCAUUAGACGGAACGACUGCUGCCAGACUGCGGUCGCACCGGGUGGUACCGGGUCGGAUGGUAUUGCGCACUCCGCACAGGCUCACCAUCACCAUCACCAGAACACGCCGGUCUCGUUCGGCGAGGAUGAUAGCUCCUGCGAUUCGCACACACGAUGGGGUAAUGGGCCACUAACCUUACUUACCGAAGGUGAUAUCAACGACGUGCUGAUAAAGACCCUUGCAGAAGCGCACGCAAACACCAACCACAAGCUAGAGAUAGUGCACGAAAUGUUCAGAAAACCACAGGAUGUUUCCCGCUUACUCUACUACAAGAACAUGACCCAGGAGGAGCUAUGGUUGGACUGUGCGGAGAAGCUAACGGCCAUGAUCCAGCAGAUCAUUGAGUUCGCCAAGCUGAUACCGGGCUUUAUGCGGUUAAGUCAAGACGAUCAGAUUUUACUCCUCAAAACGGGCUCGUUCGAGCUGGCAAUCGUGCGCAUGUCUCGACUGAUGGAUCUCUCAACCAACUCCGUGCUGUACGGUGACAUUAUGCUGCCGCAGGAAGCCUUCUACACGUCCGACUCGUUCGAGAUGAAGCUGGUCGCGUGCAUAUUCGAGACGGCGAAAAGUAUUACGGAGCUGAAACUGACCGAAACGGAGCUGGCGCUCUAUCAAAGUCUGGUGCUACUGUGGCCUGAACGAAAUGGCGUACGAGGAAACACGGAAAUCCAGCGGCUGUUUAAUAUGAGCAUGUCCGCGAUCCGGCAGGAGAUUGAAGCGAACCAUGCACCGCUCAAAGGCGACGUGACGGUGCUCGAUACGUUGCUCAACAAAAUCCCCACCUUCCGUGAGCUCUCGAUCAUGCACAUGGAGGCGUUACAGAAGUUCAAACAGGAUCACCCGCAGUACGUUUUCCCGGCACUCUACAAGGAACUGUUCUCGAUCGACUCGCAGCAGGACCUGAUGACAUAACAGGAUGAUCAUGGCUACCAUCAGCCGGCACAGCAACAGCAGCAGCAGCAGCAGCAGCAACACCAUCACC